AUGAAGAUAGCAAUACUCGGGGCAGGUGUGGUCGGCUUAUCAACAGCUGUGCAGCUACGACAGCUGCUGCCGACAGCUGAGCUGGACUUGAUAGCUGAAAAGUUUUAUGACGAAACCACAAGCUACGGAGCUGCUGGGAUUUUUAGACCCACCCUUUCUAAAACUCCCGGUGUUGAGAUUGAGAGGAUCAAGAAAUGGUUGAAGGACUCGUGGAAACAUUACGAGGGAAUCUUUCAUGGCGAUGAAGCCAGGCUUGCUGGCGUGCAGCUCAUCUCCGGAUAUCAAUUUGUAAACAAUCCACAACCGAAUCCGCUGGAACGUGAUAUCGUCUUCUCAUACAGAGCUCUCACUGAUAAAGAAUUAAGCGCGUUCCCUGGAGAUCGUUUUAAGUACGGCUGGUUUGUUACUACACUGCUUAUUGAGCCGAGAAUUUACUUGAAGUACCUCACUGACAAAUUUACACAAUCUGGCGGUCGAACGAUUCGAAAAACUUUGGAAUCUUUUGAAGAGUUAUGUGGCAGGUAUGACCUGGUUAUAAAUUGCAUGGGUCUGGGUAGCAAAGAGUUACUCAAAGAUGAAGAACUUGUGCCGAAUCGAGGACACUUAGUUAAAGUGAAAUGUGAUUGGUUGAAGCAUUUCGUCUAUACUGGCGAUACCGGAACAUGUUACAUUUUACCAGGAAUAGAAGUUACGACGAUAGGCGGAACUAGAACGGACAACGACCUUGACCUUACCCCCAGAAAAGAAGAUACUGAAAGGAUAUUAAACGAGGCUUACAAAGUUCUGCCAUCAUUAAAGAAAGCGAAAAUAGUUAGCGAAUGGGUGGGUCUAAGGCCUCACAGGGCGCCAUUAAGAAUCGAAAGUGAAACCAUGGAAUUCCCUUCCGGCAAAAAAUUGCAGGUGGUACAUAAUUACGGGCACGGAGCAGAGGGUAUAAGUUUGAGUUGGGGCACAUCUGUUGAGGCUGUUGAACUUGCAAUGCGAUUGGUCAAAUAA